GCUCCGUACUCGCUGUGUCAUAGGCUAUUUGUUAUGAUAUUUAGGCCACCUCUGUUACAACAAGUCUGCCUAUUCAACUUUUAACUUAGGCUAUCCACCUUAUUCCUAGCUCCCAUGAUACCUUGCGCGAAAAAGGGGUGUGACUUCCGGUUAGUUACGCCUCCGAGCCGGCAUUUUUAAAAACCAAAACAAAGCUCAGCUGACCAAAACAUCCUAAAUAUGUGGGAACAAGGGCCAUCAUACCUGAAAAGGGAAAACGUUAUCAUACCACUGCCGUCUAUGCUUGCGGAUUGGGAAGAUGAUAUGAAAAAGUGUCCUCGGAUAACGUAUGGCGAAAUAUUUAGAUAUUUCAUCCAGUCUGUUGCAACGGACGGUGAAGCAAUGAAUAACAUCAAAAGCUCAGAGACAUAUCAAUAUCUACAUAGUCACAAGAUUGGACCCGUUCUCCUGAAGGAGGUGGCAAAUGGUAUGGUUUAUUUAAAAGCUGACGUUGAACCCAGCCAGAGCUGCAAAUCACCCCAUCACCGGGCCUGGGUUUUGGUUUCCGCUUCAUCCGGAGAGAUACAAACGGCUGGGUGCUCCUGCAUCGCUGGACCGGGGCGGUCUUGCAGUCACUCAGCUGCGGUACUGUGGAAGGUUCAGCUGACAAUGAUGUGCACAGGACUACAGAGCUGCAAGCUUGUGAUCUGGACAUCAACUGAGCACCUGGAGCUGGAGGUUCCAUAUGAUAAAGAGUACACCAAGACACAAAUGUGCCACCUCAAAAACUUUUACUUUACGCACAUGCUCCCGAGAUUAGCAGAUGAUUUUCUGACAAAAACAUUGAAACUCUGCCAAAACUUUGUUGAUCUUGUAAAUGUACAAGGAGCAAAUAUGUUUUAGUGCCAAGAAAUUAUACACAGAAGCACAAAUUGCUUUUAGUAUUUAUUAUACAUAUUUACAUAUUUAUCAUACAUAUGUACAUUUACAUUUUUAAUUACUUAUUUGUUUGUAUUUACAGCAAAUAUUUGUAUUUACAAAGUUAAU